AUUUGACCCCGCAUUAACAGCAUAUGUCAUAACCGAAGCACGUGGUAUGGUAAAUAUCGUUGAUAUCAUACGGACCUCGCAUAUAUUUUAUUUCAUUCUGGGUACGGCAUCAGUCUUAACUCUGGCAGCACUUACCGCGGAUAGGUAUGUCUCGGUAACAUCACCAAUCAAAUACAAGACGACGGUUUCGUCUAAACGCGCCAUUAUUACCUCAGUGUCGAUCUGGGUAGCCUCGUUAGGCUUGUCCUUCUUAUACUUUGAGCUCGGUUUUUUUCUGUACUCUUUUAUUUUUGUCAACACUGCUGUUUUUAGCACUAUUAUCAUUCUCCUGUUUGUUCAUAGAGCCACUCUCAAAAUCCUACGUGAGCGAUCAAAAUUUUGGCAAAACCAGAAAGCAAUUGAAAACACAGUAACAGCAAAACAGAAAUACACGAAAAACAUAAAAAAGAUAAAGAAAAAACGAAAAGUAACAAAGGCGUUAUCAAGUGUCCUUAUUGCUUUUCUUGUAUCCUUUGUACCUGUCUGUGUGAUAAUUUACUUGCUUAAUUUCUGUUUAAGCUGUAAUUGUCUGCUGGUACAUUGGUUAAGAGAUAUUCAGGUAUUAAUUGUGUCCUUAAAUUCUGCUGUCAACCCCUAUUUGUACGCCUGGCGUCUUCCACAAUUCAGAAAAGCCUUUUUGAAAAUCCUCCACCUACAAAAGAGGGUUCAGGUUCGAGUCAAUCCUGCACCCUUUGCUCAAGAAAAAUCGAGUGGUUAAUACUCAUAAUCAGCAGACCACUGAGAAAAAUGAGGAAAGGACACUUUUGCUUUUGAUUUCGAUAUUUACACUUACGGUCCAAAUUUCGGCUCGGGUUGAAAUAUUAUGGAGAAAAACAUUCUUCUUUUUUGCAAUUGCAGUAUUUCAAUUUAGCUAUGUCACCGGCUGAUUUUAAGUAGCACCUUUUUCAGUAUUUUUUAGAUAGCAAACAAACAUUUUUGAGCUCCACCGAGGUAUCACGAGGCAUUAUAGACCUUAAGAUGUACAGUUUUCAUAUACGGGUACGGGUAAAUUAGCCGUACUCGUCGUAGCCGUAAGCAAGGGUAAAUUGCCUCUUACCCGCAAGAAACGGGUGGGUUACCAGGUAGAAUAGUUACGCCAUUAUCACAUCUGGUAAAUACCCGUUGCCUUUCAUAAAACUACAAGAUAAACAUGUUCGCUUACCCGUACCGGUAGGCUGAAAUGGUGUAUCUUAUAUAAAUAAUGUCCCUAAUAAUGGUAUUUCCUUAAGUUUAAAAACCCCCAAAAGCAAAUGUGUGUAGUAAAUUUAAUUUAACUUUAAAAAUCGAGUGAAUUUCUUGUUAGGUAGUUUCUUUUAUCUUAUUUCGUGAAUUUUAUUCGUACAACGGAUUGUUAGCGAUGUAAAGUUUAAACUGAGUAAUUGGAAAUUAAAGGUAUGAAUACAAAACAGAGCCAAUGCAAUGUGUAGGCCAUUCCUUUCCCGGCAGUCUCUGGGGUCAGCUCUAUUUGUAAAGCAGUCAGCAGCUGCCACGUUUGCAGCAGGGUGCGACCAGCUUGCCUUUUCCUCAAACACAUAUGGUGUAUUCAAUUCACGGCCAAAUGGAUGGUCCCCAAUGAUUUCAACAGAGAGCCCAUAAACAAGUGCAAUGUACGAAAUAGUAAUCAUUAGUUGUACAGCUGGAGUGACAUCCAUAUUUAAAACUGGAAUAAUCAUGUCUGGAAGUUAUCCGUUUCGAAAAAUUUCGCAAUUUCUUUUGGACAGGAAAACUGUACGUUUUCAAGCUGCUUUUCCAAAACAUUUACAUUUCAUGAAUAAAUUUUUAGAUGUACCUUUAAUAGAGACACCACUGCCAAUGAAAGAUAUAGCGUAAACAUUACGGAGAAGAUAUACUUUGAACUGUUGUUUAGGACCUGUUAUUACUGACUAUUUUCGCACAACAUGUUUUGGGCAGCAAUUAUGUAACAUGUGUUACAUCUCUCCUGUGUGGUCCACGGGCCGAUUUAUGGCAGUUUUAUGGUUUUUUAUGUAAACCGUGUUUUCUCUCUAUAUAAAGACGUAACAUAUAUUUUAUGUAAGGUAAGCUGUUUUUGAUUGAAAUCCUUUCAUUUUCGUAGGUUGCAGAAACGAUAGGUUUUUUCCCCAAACAAAUCCUUAUAUUUCGAAUGUUAUACGCAACAAUGCCGAUGCUCGCCGACGCUCAUAUUUCGAGCUUGGGCUACCUCUCCUUCAAAAUAAUGGCUCAAAAAACCGCUUUUGAGGCAAAAGAACGACUAUAUACCACAGGUGAGGAAAUUCAACGUUUAUUUAUCAUUGAUUUGUAUACAUAGUUAGCGACAUAUCGGUAUAGGUGAGGUGAGGCAAACGGUAAAUCCAGUACAUUUACUAUUAGAUUACGAGCAGUCUCUGUUUUUUCUUGGUGCGUCGCGCAAAACGCCCAGGGGCACCCAACGACCGUUUUCGGGGAAAUAUCUGUUCGGAGCCCUCUAGAAUGGCUAAAAUUU